AUGGCCCCAAGUACAUGUUCAGAAGAAUGCACUUUCUAUGUGAAAGUCAUACAAAAAUACAAACGCACAGAUAAAACAUUCACUGGCGUAGAAAAUGAAACAAUAAACAUUUACUUAUCUCAAAAGCCGAGUGAUCUGCUUAGAAUGGCCAUUGCAUUGAAACCAUUAAGAAGGGAGUUUCGGCUAUUUUUAGAUCAUGCAUUAUCAACAAUAUCACAUUCCAUACAAAAACACUGGCGUUUGAGUUUGUUUAAAGUAAAACAAACACAUAACAAUAAGCCAAACAAGCCAGCCUACAGCCAGCUAGCCAGUGAUGAAGAAAAAGCAACUGAAAUGUACACCAAAUUAAUUGUGUACGUAUUAUAA